AUGAUUAUAGAAAAAGUGGAUUAUCCGUGUAUUCAUUUACCUUGCGUUUCUUCUUCUUCUUCUUCUUCUUCUUCUUCUUCUUCUUCUUCUUCUUCUUCUUCUUUCUAUCUUUCUUCUUCUUUUCUCUAUCUUUCUUCUUCUCUCUAUCUUUCUUCUUAUUAUUAUUCUCCAAAAUCUUUAUCUUUUCUAGACUUCUUUUUUCUUCUUCACUCUAUUUUCUUCUUCUUCUUCCAUCUGUCUUCUUAUUAUUCUCCCUCUAUUUUCUUUUCUUUAUCUUUCUUCUUCUUCUUCUUCUUCUUCUUCUUCUUCUUCUUCUUCUUCUUCUUUUCUUCUUCUUCUAUCUUUCUUCUUCUUCUCUCUUAUUUUUCUUCUCUAUCUUUCUUCUUAUCUCUCUAUUUUCUUCUUAUUCUUCUUCUUCUUCUUUUUUCUUCUUCUUCUCUCUAUCUUUCAAUUCUUCGCUCUUCUUUCUUCUUCGAAUCUUUUCUUCUUAAUCUUCUUCUUCUUCUUUUUCUAUCUUUCUUCUUCUUUUCUCUAUCUUUUUCUUCUUCUCUAUCUUUCUUCAAAAUUAUUUCAAAUGUGCUUCAUCAUCUAUUUCUUCUCUCUUUUUUUCUUCUUAUAAAAUCUUUCUUCUUCAAAAAACAUCUUCUUCUUCUUUAUCUUUCUUCUUCUUCUCUCUAUCUGUCUUCUUAUUAUUCUCCCUCUGCUUUUUCUUCUUCUUCUUCUCUCUAUCUUUCUUUCUUCUUCUUUCUUCUUCUUUUCUAUCUUUCUUCUUCUUCUCUCUUUUUCUUCUUUCUCUAUCUUUUCUUCUUCUUCUUCUAUCUUUCUUAA